AUGUCACUCGGUGUGCUCGUUGUUCCGGUGUUUUUAGUGCUGUCGUCGUCUGCCACGGUCUCGACCGGCCGACCCGCUGCUCAGAAUGUGCCCCGUGUCUGCAUCGAAGAAGGGUGUCUGCGUGGGACGUGGAUGAGAAGUGUGCAAGGUGAAAGAUUCCAGGCGUUCAUUGGGAUACCUUACGCGAAGCCACCGAUCGGAGAGCUACGCUUUGCCGAUCCCGUGCCGAACAGUCGCUGGGAGGAAGAUGAGCUAGACACUACCGGGCGGUUUCCGCGUGCACCAUGUCUCCAACACAAUCUCUUCCUUCCCGGACGGGGAGUUGAGGGUAAGGAGGACUGUCUCUAUCUGAACGUCUAUCGAUCGGAGAAGUCGAGGAAAGAUAUCGACAGCAAUGUGAAUACAACCUCCACGGCGUUGCCAACCAUUGUGUACAUUCACGGUGGUGGCUACAUGGCCGGUUACACGUCGCCAUUGGUCAGCGGAGCGGAAAAACUGAUGGACCACUCGGUCAUUCUUGUGACCGUCGCGUACCGGCUCGGGGCGUUCGGGUUUCUGUCGACGGGUGAUGAAGCUGCCAGUGGAAACUUUGGUCUGAAGGAUCAACGAUUAGCCCUACGAUGGGUCUCCCGAAACAUCCAAGCGUUCGGAGGUGAUCCUCAGUUAGUUACGAUUAUGGGUCAGAGUGCGGGCGGUGCGUCGGUUCAGCUGCAGAUGAUGCAUCUCGGCAACGAAGGACUCUUCCAGCGAGCUAUUAGCCUCAGUGGAAGUGCUCUUUCGGUGUGGAGUACACCACGACCCGAUCCGGAACGCCUUGCUCGUCAUCAGGCCGCCCUGGUGGGAGUUGAGGGUGCGGAUACUAUGUCCACCAGCGAGUUGGUGCAAGCGCUCCGGGCAGUGGAUGCUGAUCUUUUUGUCAGAAACUUUGCUGGCUUUACGAAUGGUUCCCGCUACCCCAUGAUCGUCUAUGGACCCACUGUGGAGAAAGCAACCGUUAAAGAUGCCUUUCUAACCGAAACACCUCUGAAGUUGUGGUCUCAAGGUGCCAUUCUACACACCCCAUGGUUGACCGGAACCCUACCAAACGAUGGCUUUGUCUUCAGCGCUCCCAUACUGAGAGAAUCGGACUGUUCGAAGGAUACGUUGAGCCAACAGCAGACACUCCUAUUGAACGUACUCCGUGGGGCGCAUAACUCAAACGCCUUUCCACUGCUAAAGGAACGAUUCUUCACCAAUGCAACAUCGGUUGGCGAAUGUUUUACGAAAGAAAACAUCCACAUUAUAACGAAGAUAUUCAACGAAGCCUUCUUCGUGUACCCGAUGACACUAAGUGUCCAGCAACAUUUGCACCAUAAAACGAAAGCAAACACCUCCGGCGCGCCGGUCUAUCUGUACCAGUUCAACUAUCAAGGCCAAAAUUCAUAUUCAUCCAUCUUCGUGAACGAAGAAGAUGAAAGCGUCACGCGGGACUUUGGCAUUGUGCAUUGCGAUGAGCUGCUUUACAUAUUCCGCGCACCGGUACUGUUUCCGGACUUUCAGCGUGGCUCGCCGGACGCCAAGGUGUCGCACCGGUUCACCAAGUUUCUGGUCGACUUUGCCCGAACGGGGUAG